AUGUCUGAAGAACGUGUCAAUCACGUCACCUCCACUGACACCAGCGGUGUUUUUGAGCGCGACCUCCACGUCACCGAAGACGACUUGCUAGAGGCCAAGGAGCUCGCAGCAACAUAUACUCUUGAGGAAGUGCGCGAGCUUCUCAACACCUUUUACAAACUGCACUGGAGAGAUCCCAAUUUCCCCUUGGACGUUAUAGAGAGGAUCGAAGACUUUCUCACCAACGAUGGCAUCUUUGAUCAGCCCGAGAAACACGAGCAACAAAUCUCUGAAAUGAAGAUCCAAGCCGCCCUCAUCAUCACAAACUCCCCCUACGCAGAAGUCCGCAGCGUCGUCGACAACAAAGACGACCCGACAAUGCCCUGCUCCACCAUCCGAGCCUGGGUUCUGGGAAUCUUCUUCUCCGGCGCCAUCGCCUUCAUCAAUGGCUUCUUCGGCAUCCGCCAGCCCGCCAUCAGCGUCACGUCCAAUGUCCCCCAGCUGCUAGCAUACCCUCUGGGGAAACUGUGGGAAAAGACGCUGCCGGACGUGGGCAUCACGCUCUUUGGGACCCGCCAUAGCCUCAACCCGGGCCCCUUCAACAAGAAGGAACACAUGCUCAUUACGCUCAUGGCUAGUAUCGCAAAGAGCACGCCGUACACCCACUACAUUGUCUGGAUCCAGUUUCUGCCGCACUUCUUCAACCAGUCGUGGGCCAUCAACUUUGGCUACCAGAUCUUGAUUGCCCUGUCAAGCAACUUUAUCGGCUACAGUCUCGCUGGCAUCUGCCGAAGAUUCUUGGUGUACCCGUCCUAUUGUGUAUGGCCGCAGGCCCUCGUCACCAUUGCUCUAAACAGCGCUUUCCACAGCGAGGGCAAUGCACCAGCCCUAGGACCAUUCGGCAAGAUCUGGACAAUGUCGCGGUUCAAGUUCUUCUUCUACGCCUUCACGCUCAUGUUUGUCUAUUUCUGGUUCCCCAAUUACAUCUUUGCAGCGCUUGCGACCUUUAGCUGGAUGACCUGGAUCGCUCCAAACAACUCCAGGUUGACUUACCUCACGGGCUCAAACAACGGCCUGGGACUCAACCCCUUUCCCACUUUUGACUGGAACGUCCUGACGUACAACGUUGACCCUCUCAUGGUGCCGUUCUUCAGCACUUUCAACCUGUUCAUCGGCAUGUUCUUCUCCAUGUUCAUCGUCAUCGCCGUCUACUUUACAAACACGUACAACACCGCCUACCUGCCAAUCAACUCGAACAAGCCCUACGACCAUUUCGGCAACCGCUACAACGUCACCGCCAUCCUCGACGACCGCGGCAUCAUCGACAAUGCAAAAUACCAAGCCUACUCGCCUCCCUACCUCUCCGCCGGCAACAUCAUCAUCUACAUGUUCUUCUUCAGCGCCUACACCGCCGCCCUGACCUACGGCUUCCUCUACCACCGGCUCGAAAUCGCCAUGGGCUUCAAAGACCUCGUCAACAGCUUCCGCCCCUCCAAGCGGGACGAGGUCGAAAAGGGCCAGAUCCUCGACGUGCACAACCGUCUGAUGAAGAAGUACAGGGAAGUCCCCGAGUGGUGGUACAUGAUCGUCCUCGUCGUCAGCGUGGCCCUCGGCUGCGCCGCCAUCGCCCACUGGCCCACGCACACCAGCCCCGGCGUCGUCUUCUACGGCAUCGCCCUGUGCCUCAUCUUCAUGGUGCCCACGGGCAUCAUCUACGCCAUGACGGGCAUCGAAGUCUCGCUCAACGUGCUGGCCGAGUUCAUCGGCGGCUCCUUUGUCGAAGGCAACGCCCUCGCCAUGUGCUUCUUCAAGACGUACGGCUACGUCACCUGCUCACACGCCCUCUACUUCAGCAACGACCUCAAGCUCGCCCACUACACAAAGAUCCCGCCGCGCUUCACCUUCUUCGCGCAAAUGGUCCCCACGCUCGUCUCGACCUUUGUCUGCGUCGGCAUCGUCACCUACCAAGUCCACCUCGAGGGCGUCUGCACAAAGGACGCGCCCUUCAAGUUCGUCUGCCCCGGCGAAAACACCUUCUUCACCGCCGCCGUGCUCUGGGGCACCGUCGGCCCCAAGAAGAUCUGGGGCGUCGGCGGCCAGUACUCCGAGACGCUGCUCGGCUUCCCCCUGGGCGUCGCCGUCGUCGUCAUCUUCUGGCUCCUGGGCAAGUACUUCCCCAAGAGCCGCGUGCUUCGCAGCACACACCCCGUGGUCCUUCUAUUCGGCGGCCUUCAGUGGGCUCCGUACAACUUGACUUACAUGUGGCCCGCCGUGCCCGUCGCCGCGUUUUCAUGGGUCUACGUUAAGAAGCGAUAUUUAGCUUUAUGGUCAAAGUACAACUUUGUGUUAUCGGCCGCCUUCUCCGCCGGCAUCGCCAUCUCGGCCAUUAUCCAAUUCUUCGGCCUCACCUAUCACGGCAUCGCCCUCGACUGGUGGGGCAACAACGUUGUCGCUCAGGGAUGCGAGGCUGACGACUGCCUUCUCAAGACGCUGCCUGAAGGAAAGUUCUUUGGGCCUUCACCUGGCCAUUAUAAUUGA